AUUUAAUAUGGGUAUCUGUACGUCUGACCCUUUACCAGGAGGAGUUGAUUAAUCAGAAACCAAGCCUGAAGACAUUAAACCAGUUGUUGAUUAAAGCACACAGUAAAACCAAAAAGAAGAAAAUGAGGCAGCUCUGAAAAUUUAAACUGGAUUAAGAGGGAAAAAGGCCAAAUAAGAGUUAUAGAAAAAAAAGGAAGAACUGGAGUAAGACAAGCCUAAAGAGUGGAAAGAAUACGAAGAAAAAUUUGAAGAGCCAGAAUUACCUAAAACCUUUAAAGAAAAAGUCAACUACAAACCAACAAAUGAAGAUCGCAUUUUACCCCCUUACUUGGGACCGGAAGGAAGUGUGUAUAAUGGGUAAUGGAACAAAGGAGAAGUAAAUGGAUAUGGAUAAAUGUUAAAACCAGAUGGAACAUAUCUUAAGGGCUUGUGGAAGUAAAAUCUCUUUUAAGAAGGAGGAAUUCUCUAUCCAAAUGGGGAUUAUUAUGUAAAACCUAUGUAUUAUUUUUAGAUUGGAACAUCAAAAUAUGGACAGCGAUUCUUUGCCAAUGGAUUAAUUUACCAAGGAGAAACCGAUUAUGGACUUCCUCAUGGCCAAGGCGAAGAAACACAUCCUGACGGAAGAAAAAACGAAGCAUUUUAUUAAUACGGAUAAAAGGUGUAAUAAGAGCAUAAUCAUUAGAAUCAAUGA